UCUACCAAAAUGGAAAAUCAUCCUACUCGUGAAAAACUUUAUUCAACUUCCAAGGGCUAUGGCUUCAGUCCUGCCUUGCAAAGAACUCGCAAGCCUUUUCUUGCUCGUAACUUGCUUACUUUAGCAGGUCUUGUCACUUUUACUACAAGUGUUUACGCAUACUCUCUUUUUGCUGUCAAGCAAGACGACUUUAGUGACGUUCCCAUGCCUCCCCCAGUUAACGAACAAGAAAAGAACAAAGAAUAAACCAAUAUGAACCCCACUCUUGUAAAUAAAAAUAACUCAAGUUUAUUCAAGCA